AUUUGCAUUUGAGGAACAAAUAACUGAAGGCAUGCGAACUCAAAUUAUGUGCUCUAGCAGCCAAGGUGAUCACCCUCUUAGUAUAACUUGGCUCAGAGACGAUACACCAAUUUCGAAUACAGUUGAUACUAUGAGUGAAGCCCAUAUCCCAAAACCUACAACCAUGGGCAGAAAUCAAGGCAAAGACUAUUUACCCCCGGAUCCAACAUUAACGAUCAAUCAGUACGCACCAUUUUCUAGCAUAUUAUCAAUACACAACGUCUCCUCUCUGCACAACGGUAACUACACAUGCAAUGUUGCAAACCACGCCGGAUCUGUUCAGUACACUGCAGCUCUUUCGGUUUCUGUACCACCUAGAUGGAUACUUAAGCCUAUUGACCAUGAUGCAAUUUUAGGCAGUAAUGUAAUGCUAUCUUGCCAAGCAGAUGGAUUUCCCGUGCCUACUAUUCAAUGGAAGAAAUCUGUCGGUGAUUCCGGCGAUUAUCAAGAAUUAAAGUUUGGCGCACAACACGCAAGUUCCCCUUCUUUUCUAGAAGUAUAUAACAAUGGAUCACUUAUAAUCACUAAAGUUGGACGCGAACAUGAAAACAAUUAUUUAUGCCAGGCUUUUAAUGGCAUUGGUGCUGGACUCAGCACACUUGUUAAGCUAACAGUGCAUGUUGGUCCCUCAGUUAGCAUGGAAACAAAACGAUUAGUAAGUCGUCGAGGAGAACGUAUAACGAUUCGUUGUGAAGCUUUUGGCGACCGACCAUUGGAGAUAUUUUGGAGCGCAAAAACAAAUCCAAUUGAUCCAACUCAUGACAUUCGUUACCAUAUAAAAAAAUCUUCUUUAGUUAAUGGAGUAGUGUCUGAAUUUAGCAUUUUAGAAACAUCACUUACUGACAGGGGGGAAUACUCCUGCAUGGCUAAAAAUUCAUACGGAAUUGACAAAGCAGUGAUGAGUCUGCAAGUGCAAGAACCUCCGAAAUUUCCAGUCAACUUACAUGUUUUGGACCUGGGUAGUCGCUCUGUUACGCUAGCCUGGUUGCCCAAUGAGCAGGGUUCAGCUUUGUUGGUUACUGGUAGUAAAAGUGAUCAUGAUUCCAAACCCAUAUCAAAUUACAUCCUACAAUACAAGAAAGCAGAAGAUGUUUGGCACGAACAUAUUAACCAACACGUCCUACCUGGUGAUAGAACCACAGCACAUUUAAAUUCUCUUAAACCGGCGAAUGCAUAUCACAUUCGCUUGUACGCGGAAAACAACUUAGGCACUAGCGCUCCCAGUGACAUUUUAUUCUUCGAAACCGAUUCUGAAAUACCAUCAGCUCCCCCACAGGAUGUAACUGUUGAUCCUUUGGAUUCUCAACAAUUGUUAAUAACUUGGCGAGCACCUAUUCGUGACUCGUGGAAUGGAAAUCUUCUGGGAUUUAUAAUUGCUUAUCAAAAACAUGGUUCAUCAUACCUCAGUGUCAAAAACUACACUAAAAUUAGUAGUCUAUCUACCGAGGGUCUUAACGAUUUCCGUUUAAUUGGAUUGGAAAAGUAUACACACUAUGCAAUAACGGUGUCAGCCUUUAACAUAAAAGGCGAAGGACCGCCUAGCAAAGUAGUAUUAAGUCACACACUAGAAGACACCCCCACGGCACAUCCUACAGAUAUAACAUGCCUUGCACUAACUUCACAAAAUAUUCAAGUAUCAUGGCAGUCACCACCAAAAGAGUUGUGUCAUGGGAUAGUUCAGGGUUAUAAGAUACUUUAUGAGCCGGUAUAUGUUGAGCAAGAGUACAAUAGUCGAGAAACCAAAAUUACAUCAGCGCUUAAUACCGUGCUUCAUGGGUUACAUCCCUUCACCAACUAUAGCGUGCAAGUUUUAGCGUUUACACGGGCUGGUGAUGGACUUUUAAGUCCUGCAGUGACAUGUAUUACUGAGGAGGCUGUUCCAGAUGCACCAAAACGUAUUAAGUCAGUUGUGAGCACGGUGUCUUCAGUUAUUGUCAGCUGGUUACCCCCACGUCAUCCCAAUGGAUUAAUUGCAAAAUACACUAUUUAUAUUAGAAUCCUUGAAAAAGGACAAGAACUGAAGAUAUUGAAAGAAGUUCUGUCAGCGCGUACACUUCAUUUUGAAGCUAAAGAUUUAGAUUUAAAAGAAUCGUAUGAGGCUUGGGUCACUGCAUCGACCAGGGUUGGACAGGGUCCAAGCACACCAGUCAUUAAAUUAGUCCCCAGCUCAUCUAUUCCAGCCGCAAUAAUCUCAUUCAGCCAAUCAAUAAGCGUUAGUUGGCGAGCGGAUAUUAAACUAGCAUGUAUCUUUGUUGGAAAUCCAAAGGUUAUAGUUGAAUGGAAAGUCUUAAAUAUUCGGCAAAAGAAAAAUAUCCGUUUGGAAGUAAAUCACGAAAACACUUUACACCUCCGCAAUGUUGAACGUUGGAAUGAAGGCAACUAUUCAUGUACAACAAAAAACUCUAUAGGCUCGGAUCAAAUCGUUUAUCAGGUUUAUGUGCAGGUGCCCCCGUCAACUCCAAUAGUCUUUAUCAAUACAGUACAGAAGCACUCAAUUUCUCUUCAAUGGAGAGUUGAAGAUUUUGGUGGUACAUCACUAAGAGGAUUUACCUUAACCUAUAGACAUGACACUGAUGAGUGGGUGGAAAUCGUUUUAGAGUGGCGGGCUAAUUCAUAUGUUCUUGAAAACCUUCGAUGUGGAACACGAUAUCAGUUUUUUAUAAACAGCUUUAAUAAAAUUGGAAUAAGUCCAAACAGCGCAGUAGAGACAGCAAAAACAAAAGGAAAUAAGCCUAUUGCACCAGUUAAAUAUAAAUUUAUUCAUCCAAACAUAACAUCAAUUAUUUUGGAUUUAUCAUCAUGGGACGAUGGUGGAUGUCCUAUUCUCUACUUCAGCAUAGAAUUUAAAAUCUUUCAAUCGUCUAAUGAAUGGAUUAUCGUUUCCAACAAAGUAGAAACCAAAACGCUGUACAAUAUUGGCGACUUAGAAGCUGGAACAGCAUACAAUUUACGUGUUACAGCAUACAAUAAUGCUGGCCCAACGACAAAGGAAUUUUACUUUCAAACACAUACUUUUUUUGGAUCAAUAAGCAGCACUGACAGCGAAAAGGGGCCUGGAAGGAAAAUUGUUUUAACCGAUGUUCACCUCGUUGCUAUUAUUAUAGCAUCAAUUUUUGGAACGAUUCUUGCUCUUAUAGGAGCGUUUAUAUGUUUUAAGAACUAUCCGCGACGCACUCUUUCAGGAAACGGGGACACACAAAGAACGUGUUCCAGUCCAGAUAAAGUGGAUAAUCGACAAAGCGAACGCUCUUAUGGUUCAGUACCCGAAAAUUGUCCACUAUCUCUACCUGAAGCAGUGCAUGACCGCAUACCAGAGUUUUCUGAAGAUAUAUACCCCUACGCAACAUUUCAUUUACCAGAGCAUGAAAACCAAUCAGGAAACGUUUCUUUGAACCAUUUUGCAAACUCACCCACGUACGAUUUAAGACUAAAGCAUGAUAAUACAUCCGGUAUCAUAAAAGCCAAUAUUAGAUUUUCUUCAUUAGUUAGUAUAACCGAGACUAAUUGUAACGACAGCAAUAAUAUUAUUGAAGCCAGCGAAAUCAAUCACACUAAUACUAAUGCCCAUUGUUCAAAAUUUAACAAGUCUGAAUCGGAAGAGUAUGACAGUCUCAAUAGUGAUAAUGAAAUAAGCCGAGGUCGCUUAAGAGAAGACGAUAUCUAUGGACGAGAUUCUUUAAAUCACGCUGUGGGAAACACAUUCACCGCUACUUCAGAUAACUGGAUUCUGUCUGGCGCCUCCUUAACUUGACAACACAUUAACGAGAACUCAUGUCAACAGCUCAUGGACUUAUCAAAAAUUUAAAACAAUUUAUAAAUGUGCCCUACAUAUCCUUUAGGAAGUGAUUCUACGCUACCGAUAACAAUUGUCAAUUCUGCAUCUAUACAUAUAAAUUUUUCAGCUUUUGAGCUAUUGCACAGUCGCGUAAAUAUUUCCCAAUUUAAAAUAACUUUG